UAUCUUUCCCACCAAGCUCGAGCAAGGUCGACGCAAGCAACCGAGCCCUCUCAUGGACGGCGACGGAGCAUCCUGCAGCAUGUCCCUCGAUAACAAUACCAAGCCCGACGGCGUGUACCUCUCGCCCGUCGAGAAGGCGCGCAUCCUCACACUGCUGGGCAACAUCCAAGCAGAAGUUGCGGUUCAAGAGAAGCGUCUACAAGAGCAAGCGCAUCUUCUCGACUAUCAGCAGCGGGAACUCGUGACGCUGCGCAAGGCCCAUGGUCGCGGUAGCAAGGUCGAUGUCGCCUUGAGCCCAAAGGCGCUCAAGGACAUGCCCGAUAUGGAGCCGCACGAAGAGAGCGACUGCGCGUCUACCAUCUCAGAGCCUGCGCCAGAGCCGAGCCCGACCCUCUCAGAGCCAACGUCGGGCCCGAGCGUCGUGCUCACGAUAGCCGACAUUCACGAGGAGCUCGAGAAGCUUCCGAACGAUCUGCCUCUGCGCAAGCACGUCGAGUGGCUCUGCGACCAUGUCGCCAACAAUGCGGCAGCGUCCAUGCAGCGCCGGGUGUCGUUGCCCAACAUCAAGGCGCUGCAGCUCGUGCUUGGCAAGCUUAUGGACCAAGCCACGUCCACUGCGUCGUACGUCGACCAGCUUCGUCGCAUAGAUGACCCCUCGAUCAAGAUGGCAGCGAAAGAAGAGUUCUCAACAGCAAGCAAUGGUGUUCAAGCCCAGUACGAGACGCUUGCUGCAUCUCACAAGGCGCUCCAAGCCGCGUACAGUGACCUGCAAGCCCAGUACGACCGUGCGUGCGGUCGUCAUGCGGCAAGCUUGGAGACUACCGAGACACAACUCAUGGCGCUGCAUGAGCAGGAGACAACAAGAUCGCUUGCAAGCAAUGAAAUCGCCGUCCGCUUGGAGACGGCGCAAGCCGACGCGUUGGACGCUCGGCGCCGGCUCGUCGACCUCGAAGCACAGCUCAGCUCAAUGACGGACAAUGCUCGCACGCUGCAAGCUCACUGCGGCGAGCUCGAGGCGUACAUCGAGUACUUGACGGCGACGCUCGAGACAUCGCAAGCCGACCAGGACCGCGUUCUCUGCGAGCAGCGCGAGACCAUCGAGGCGCUGGAAGACACGAUCGCGCAGCUUCGUGCUGCGCAUGCGGCCACGAUGGCUUCCCUCGAGCGCGAUAAAGCACGCUGGCGACGCGAGGCGGCAUCACCCACGGCCCUCCUUGGGCGACUCAAGACCCAAGUCACGGCGCUGCAACGCGAUAUCGCGGCACUCAAGACAGAGAAUGCCCGACUGCGCGACGAGGGGAUGGUCAAGGCAGACGAGCUUGCGGCGACGGCAGCGUGGCAGGCGACCAUGAAGGAUCUCGUCGCCAAGGUCGAGGUUGUGAACGCUGGCCUCUUGGACGACUGCCGCGCCGCCAAGGUCCGCAUCGACGUUCUAGAAAGCGAGAAGGCCGCGUUGCAAGCCAACAUGAACGCGCAUCUUGACAACGUCCGAGCCGCGAAAGACGAGGGCGCUCAGCCGCGAUCGGCGCCAUCGAUCGACACGCUUGCCCGAGUGGAAUCGGUCGAGAACAAGUACAAGCGAGCGCGUCACCUCUACGGCAUGCUCAAGACGAGCUUUGGUCGCCUCCAGGAGAGCCACGACAUGCAGAGCCGCGAGCUCGACCGGCUCCGCGAUCUCGUCCGCACGCGCGACAACCAGCACGAGCCCGACGACGAGGCGCUUUUGCCCCAUGAGACGAAAGAAGGUGACGCCAUGACCAUCCACACGCUCCACGACAUGGUGAGCGGUCGGCUUCUCGAGUUCAAGUCGGCCCUCGACCAGCUUCGGCGGCGCCCAGACGCACCCGAGCACGCACCGCUGCAGCACUUUCUUGCGGUCGAAAAUGUCUUUUUGUCGGCCCUCCGCGGACGCCUUCUUUUACUAACUUAA